AUGGCCCAAGAGAUGGCUGAUUGGUCGGGACUUCUAUAUGAUCUGCUUGUCCUAAUUGCUAGGCGUUUGAAUCUGAUUGAAGACUACCUAAAUUUUAGCACUGUCUGCAAAUCCUGGCACUCUGUGCCUACCAAGAACAAUUUUAACAAUGACCUGUCUAGAGCUCCUUGGCUGAUGCUAGCGGAGGAAGACGGAAAUUCCACUCGGAAAUUCUUCAGCCUCUAUAAUGGCAUGAUUUUGAACAAGAGGAUUCCCAAAGCCGGCAGAAAACGAUGUAUGGAGUCUAUGGGUUGGCUUAUCAUGGUAGGAGAAGACGAGGGUGAAAUUAGUAUGCUACAUCCCUUCUCUGGUGUUCAAAUUGAAUUGCCCCAUCAAAAUACCACAGUAGAUUACGAGAGUCAUCAGACUGGCUGGCUGAUGAGCUUUAUUCGCAAGGCAGUUUUGUCGGCUAGUCCUUCUCAUACAUCUGACUACCUUCUCAUGGUCAUUGAGGGAGGUAUGAGGUUCCUAAGUUUCUGGAGACCUGGAGAUGUCAGAUGGACUAGAGUUACCUGGGAAGGAAUAAAUCGCAGGUGUUUUACUGAUUUGAUAUAUUUUAAUGGCCAAAUUUAUGCCGUUGAUUAUUCGGGCAAUCUCCUAGUUUGUGAUGUUGCUGAUGUUGUUGGCUCUAAACCCACUAAAGGUCAUAUUGUAGCGCAGGUACCACUUGAUCCUGAAAAUGGUCUAGACGAGUCAUACAUUGUAGAAUCACUAGGAUCAUUAUUUGUAAUUGUACGAAAUGGUGUUUUAUUUAGGUCACUCAGAGAUGAUUCUGACAGGAUUCCAUUAACGCUCCUCCCAGAAGAAGUAGAAGAUGAUGGGAUUGAGGAGGAGUUAACAUAUGGGACAACAAUUUUUCAUGUUUUCCAGGUCGAUUUAGCUGCUGGUAAAAUGACGGAAACCAGGGAAUUAGGGGACGCGGCUUUUUUUCUAGGUGCUAAUGCUUCAAUUUCAGUACAGGCUUCUCAAUUUCCAGGAAUCAAGCCCAAUCAUAUUUAUUUCACAGACGAUUUUUUUGAAUCAUACCUAUCUUAUGAAGAAGGAGGAGGGUUGGACAUGGGGGUGUUCAACUUAGCAAAUGGCAGCAUUCAGCCGCAUUACAACGGUGUUUCCCUCAGUCGUUUUUGUCCUCCAACUUGGGUAACACCAACUCUGUAUUGAAUUUGAGUCAUACAUACUCAUCCUUUAUUUUAUUCUGUUU